UUAUAAUACGCGAAGGAAAGAUAUGGGCUUUUUGGUUCUUGGUUUUUACAAGAGAAAGGAGAGGGAAGACGAGGGCCACGAGUAAUUGCACAUUCUAUAUCCUCCUGACUUCACGUCGAUUUGUGUCUGACUGAACUUGCUUCUUGCCAAUUACUAUACAGUCAGUGAAGAAGAAAAAAAAAAAAUUUAUAUUUCCCUUUCGAAAAACGAAAAAAAAAAUCAGUUCGCGCUCCUUCCUCUUUUGUCGGCAAUUUUUUUUCUUCCCUAAAAUCUCUCUCUCUCUCAAAAAAAAAAAAAAAAACAGUGACAAAAGAAAAAAAUUUUUCUACUUUUCCGGCUCCUCCCGGUUUGUGUGUGUGUGUACCUUCCGUACAUCCCCCAUGCGUUCGUGACAGCUGUCAUCAUCUCUACGCGUGCAAUGAUGCGCGACUUCGAUUGAUUCAGUGUCUGUGCUCCGGUGCGCGCACCUCUUUCACCAAAUUUCGUUUUCUCAGUUUCUUUUUGUUUUUCCAAUUUUUUUUUCCUCUUUCUUUUUUGGAAAAUUCGUCUUUUUAAUAUACAUGGACCGGGCAAAGUUUAGUGUGCUAAUAAAAUUUUCCGAAGAAAUAACUAAUUUUAGGGGGGAAGAAGAAAAAUCUUGAUUGGAAGAAAAAAAAGAAGAAAAGUGUGACAAUUGUUUAAAAUAAUUAAUUAAAAAUAAAAGGAAUUGUGUAAUUCAAGUUAUUUCACAGUGGCUACCUGGCACAAGAAAAUAAUCAUCGUGGGAAAUAGAGGAAAUUAACGUGAAAAAAUGUAUGAUCAAAAGGAUGAGGAAAAGGCAUCCUUUGGUGUCGACAUCCUCAACCCCUUUGUACAUCGUUUGGAGCUUGACACGACCUACGACAAACUCAAGACGGCGUUUCUCACAGUGGCCUUACUGCCAUUUAGGCUAGCAGCAAUAACAGCCUUAGUAAUAAUGGCCUGGUUACUGGCUUGCUUAGGAUUACACGGUCUCUCCGAAGAUGAUCUUCGAAGAGCUCCACUACAAGGCUGGAGACGAGACAUGCGGGUGCUGGUGUGCUGGGUGAUGAGAGCACUUUUUGUCUGCGGUGGAUUUCAUCAUUUAAAAGUGAAAGGUGAAAAGGCGCCAAUGAAGGAUGCCCCAAUAUUGGCCCUAGCACCCCAUUCUUCUUUCUUUGAUGCACUUCCGGUUGUUUAUCUCGGUGGACCGAGUAUUGUCGCCAAGGCAGAAACAUCAACAAUUCCCUUUUUCGGAAAACUCAUCAAUUAUACGCAACCCGUUUAUGUUUGGCGAGAUGAUCCAAAUUCAAGGCAAAAUACAAUUAAAGAAAUUAUCGAUAGAGCAACGUCGAAAGAAGAUUGGCCUCAGGUAAUGAUAUUUCCCGAAGGCACUUGCACCAAUCGCUCUUGCUUGAUUACAUUUAAGUCUGGCGCAUUUUACCCCGGUGUGCCUGUUCAACCAGUCUGCAUACGCUAUCCCAAUAAAUUAGACACAGUCACAUGGACAUGGGAAGGUCCUGGAGCAUUGAAAUUAUUGUGGUUGACCCUCACUCAGUUGAACAGCAGUUGUGAGAUUGAAUUUUUACCUGUUUAUAAACCAAGUGAAGCUGAAAAGACAGAUCCUAAACUCUACGCAAACAAUGUUCGUCGGUUUAUGGCCGAAGCACUACAAAUUCCUGUGUCAGACUACACAUACGACGAUUGUAGAAUAAUAACAAAAGCUCAUCAACUUCACAUUCCUUAUGCCUCAAGUCUCGUUGAGGCACAAAAACUACGCUACAAACUAGGUUUAAUAAAAGCAAAAACCGAGGAGGAAUUGGUACAGAACAAAACUGAGAGGUUUUCAACCGAAGUCGAUCUAAACGAAUUCGCCAGAUUACUUAGACUCGAUGAUAAGGAUCUGACGACUCAACAACUUUUCAAAAUCAAUGACAGGCAUGGAACGGGGAAAAUAGAUUUUGAAGAGUACAUCUUCACUGUAGUAGCAGUUGCAACAGCAAAUUCAGAACAAGACUUACUUAAUUUUGCUUUCGAGCUAUGUAGUCCUAGUGGAAUGAAAUAUUUAAAUAUACUCGAACUUGAAAAAGCUCUCAAGCUCUCAUUGCAUAUUUCAUUGGAAGAUUCAGAAAGGAUUUUCCUUCAAGCUAAAAGAGAAGAAAACGCCGAUCGAGUUAGUUUAGAUGACGUUUUAGUGGUUUUAAGUUCACGCACCGAAUUCUCGCACAUGUUCGUCAGCAAUACCGACUUAAAAAGGAAAAAGUCCAUUUGAGAGUGCCUGUGUUCAAAAUCACAAAGUCCUCCACUAACUCGGAAGCAUCAAGAUUCCGACACUCUACUUGUGAAUAAAACUUGCUCCAGUCCCGUGUAAAACAAAAAAAAAAUUAUUAUUUAUCAAUUCAUGAAAAAUAUUACGAGAAAUAAAAAAAAAAUUUUUUUCGGUUUUCUUCGAAAUCUAGUGAUGCAUCAUCACUAGCAAGUGAACUAAUAGACAAAAUGAAAGAAUAAAAUAUAAGCGAAAGAUUAAUUUUAGUCAAUAAAUAUAUGGCACCGACCUAAUUAAUAAAUAAUAGAAAUAGUAAAAAAAACCUAUGCAAAAAAUAAAAAAGUAAUAUUGAUAAAUAAUAAUAUUAAUAAUAUUGAUAUAUUAUU